CUCUACUAUAUUUUUAUGAUCCCAUGGUGAUCAUUGCCCACCCAAACAAGCUCGCACCAGAUGGUAUGGUUGGAGUUUCGGAGCUGGUUGAUAGAUGUUAUAUGUCAACCAAGAAUUUAAUCAUGGCUCGUGGGUGCUUUGAUGAUACUAAGGGAGCUGUGCUGGUUAAAAGUUUGGCUGCCAAGGAACCAUCUGCUCUUGCCUUGGAUACUUACUACAAGCAGUAUUAUCUCUGUUUGGCUGCUGCUGCUGCUGCUGCUGCUACUAUCAAAUGAUGGAAUACCAGGCCUGAAGAACUGGUGGAAGAGAUCACUUGGGUUGUGGGGGAUGGAUGAGGAGGAUUUGCAGCGGAUGUCAUAUCUGAAGGCAGAGUGAUCAUUCUAGAAAAGAGCAAGGAAUUGUUGGAUUAUAGAAGCCUGGAAAUGAAAUGUUGUAUUGAAAUUGGAAUUUGA